UUUACAAUAAUCCCUUCCAUUAAAUUCUACCUAUGGCGCUUAACUUUCUUCUUCUUCUUCUUCUUCUUCUUCUUCAACUGCCAUGAAAUUUGAGGUUUCUCUUCUUCAUUUUUUUUGCAGUUGGGGUUUAAACGAUUGAGAUUUCAUGGUAUUUCAUAUGGGUAUGGAGCUGAAACGCCUCUUUCUCAUUUUCUUCUUCUUCUUCGAGCUCUGUAUUUUGACCUCCAAUGGCGUUUCUGACCACAAUCAGAUUCUUCUCGACAGAGAAAGCUUGCUUUCUUUCAAAGCAUUGCUAGACACCUCAAAAACCCUUCCAUGGAACUCAUUGGUCCCUCACUGCUUUUGGGUCGGCGUUUCUUGCCGAUUCCGUCGAGUUACAGAGCUCUCCCUUUCAUCUCGUUCCCUUAAAGGCCGACUGUCUCCUUCCCUUUUCAAUAUCUCGAGCCUCUCUGUUCUUGACCUUUCAAACAACGACCUCUAUGGCUCAAUCCCACCUCAGAUAUCCAAUCUUCGGAGCUUGAAGGUGCUCGCUCUCGACGGAAAUCAGUUUUCCGGCGACUUCCCCAUCGGACUCACUGAGUUGACCCAGAUGGAGAAUCUCAAGUUGGGGAGUAAUUUGUUUACAGGGACAAUCCCGCCGGAGCUUGGAAAGUUAAAGCAACUACGGACGCUUGACCUUUCCGGCAAUGCCUUCGUCGGAAAUGUUCCGACCCAUAUCGGAAAUUUGACGAGAAUCUUAUCGUUGGACCUUGGCAACAAUCUUUUAUCAGGUUCACUCCCAUUAACCAUCUUUACUGAGCUUAAAUCCUUAACUUCUUUGGACAUUUCCAACAACUCGUUUUCUGGUUCAAUCCCACCUGAAAUUGGUAAUCUACAGCAUUUGACUGACCUUUACAUCGGCAUUAACCACUUUUCCGGCGAGUUGCCGCCUGAAUUUGGUAAUCUUGUGUUGCUAGAGAACUUUUUCGCUCCUUCUUGUUCUUUAACUGGUCCAUUGCCCGAAGAACUAUCCAAGUUGAAAUCAUUGAGUAAACUGGACCUUUCAUACAACCCACUUGAAUGUUCUAUCCCAAAAUCGAUUGGUGAGUUACAGAACUUGACCAUAUUGAAUCUGGUUUACACUGACAUUAAUGGUUCCAUUCCUGCUGAACUUGGAAACUGCAAAAACUUGAAAACAUUGAUGCUUUCAUUCAACUCUCUAUCUGGGAUGUUGCCACAAGAGCUUUCAGAGCUUCCCAUCUUGACAUUUUCUGCAGAGAAGAAUCAGCUUUCUGGGCCAUUGCCUUCUUGGCUUGGCAAAUGGGAUCGUGUUGAAUCGAUCUUACUGUCGAGUAAUCGGUUCACCGGGGAAAUCCCACCUGAGAUUGGGAAUUGCUCAAUGCUUAAUCACCUCAGUUUGAGAAAUAACAUGUUAACAGGUUCAAUACCUAAAGAGAUUUGUAAUGCUGCAUCCUUGAUGGAGAUUGAUCUUGAUAGUAAUUUCCUUUCGGGUUCGAUCGACGACACGUUCGUGCUGUGUAGAAACCUUACACAGUUGGUUUUGGUAGACAAUCUGAUUGUUGGUGCAAUACCUGAGUACUUCUCAGACCUUCCCUUACUCGUAAUCAACCUCGACUCGAAUAAUUUCACCGGUUUGUUACCAAGAAGUAUAUGGAACUCGGUGAAUUUGAUGGAGUUUUCUGCUGCAAAUAACCAAUUGGAGGGUCAUCUCCCUUCAGAGAUUGGUUAUGCAGCUUCACUUCAGAGGCUUGUUCUUAGCAACAAUAGGUUGACAGGCACAAUACCAAAUGAGAUUGGAAAUCUCACAGCCCUUUCUGUUCUAAACUUGAAUUCAAAUCUGCUUGAAGGAACUAUUCCAACCAUGCUUGGAGAUUGUAAAGCUCUUACCACAUUGGACCUCGGAAACAACGGUCUAAACGGGUCGAUACCGGAAGGACUUGCAGAGCUUGCUGAAUUACAGUGCCUUGUUCUUUCGCACAAUGAGUUAUCUGGAGCAAUACCUUCCAAGACAUCUGCUUAUUUUCAACAAGUGACUAUUCCUGAUUUGAGCUUUGUUCAACAUCAUGGUGUUUUUGAUUUGUCCCAUAAUAGAUUGUCGGGUAGCAUACCUGAUGAACUGGGGGAGUGUGUUGUCGUGGUGGAUCUUUUACUGAACAAUAAUCUACUUUCUGGAGAGAUUCCUAAAUCUCUUUCUCUCUUAACAAACCUGACAACCUUGGAUUUGUCUGGCAAUAUGCUUUCCGGUCCUAUUCCCGCAGAGCUCGGCGAUGUUCUCAAGCUGCAAGGCCUGUAUCUUGGGAAUAAUCGCCUCACCGGAUCGAUCCCGGUAAGCUUGAGUCGUUUGAGUAGCUUGGUGAAGUUGAACUUAACUGGUAAUAGACUAUCUGGUUCAGUUCCAGAAACUCUUGGUGAUCUGAAAGCUUUAACUCAUUUGGAUCUAAGUUCUAAUGAGUUGGAUGGUGAUCUUCCUUUGUCUCUGUCCAACGUGUUGAAUCUUGUGGGGCUUUAUGUACAAGAGAACAGGCUUUCUGGACAGAUUGUAGAGCUUUUCCCAAGCUCAUUUACAUGGAAGAUUGAAGCUUUGAAUUUGAGUCGUAACGAGUUCGAGGGCGUUCUUCCACGAGCAUUAGGCAACCUUUCAUACUUGACAACUUUGGAUCUUCAUGGAAAUAAUUUCACAGGGCCAAUCCCUCCAGAUCUUGGGGAUCUUAUGCAACUUGAGUACUUAGAUGUUUCAAAUAACAAGCUCUCAGGAGAGAUUCCAGAGAAAAUAUGCAGCCUGUUCAAUAUGUUCUACCUGAAUUUGGCGAAAAACAGUCUCGAAGGACCCAUCCCGAAAAGCGGCAUUUGCCAGAAUCUAUCCAAAAGUUCAUUUGUUGGGAACAAGAAUCUUUGUGGAAGAAUCAUGGGUUACAAUUGCAAGAUCAAAAGCAUGGAAAGAUCUGCAGUCUUGAAUGCUUGGAGUGUUGCUGGGAUUAUCAUUGUUAGUGUUCUUGUCGUUUUUUCCGUGGCGUUUGCUAUGCGAAAACGGAUUAUUCGAAGCCAUAGAGAUGAUGAUCCAGAGGACAUGGAGGAAAGCAAACUAAACAGUUUGAUGGAUCCCAAUCUCUAUUUCUUAAGCAGCAGUAGAUCGAAAGAGCCGUUAAGCAUCAACGUGGCGAUGUUCGAGCAGCCGCUUCUGAAGCUAACUUUGGUUGAUAUCCUUGAAGCAACCAAUAACUUCUGUAAAACAAACAUCAUUGGAGAUGGAGGAUUUGGGACAGUGUACAAGGCCACCUUGCCUGAUGGGAAAAUUGUUGCUGUCAAGAAGCUAAGCCAAGCAAAAACACAGGGGCACAGGGAAUUCAUGGCUGAAAUGGAAACCAUAGGCAAAGUAAAGCAUCAUAACCUUGUUCCAUUGCUUGGCUACUGCUCUCUUGGGGAGGAGAAGCUUCUUGUGUAUGAGUAUAUGGUGAAUGGUAGCUUGGAUCUUUGGCUGCGAAACCGAACCAGUGCGCUUGAAGUUCUUAACUGGGAGACUCGGCUCAAAGUCGCUUCGGGCGCAGCGUGUGGAUUGGCAUUUCUUCACCAUGGAUUCAUCCCCCACAUCAUUCAUAGGGAUGUUAAGGCAAGUAAUAUACUACUGAAUGAAGAGUUUGAACCAAAAGUUGGUGACUUUGGAUUGGCAAGGUUGAUCAGUGCUUGUGAGACUCAUGUGACAACUGAGAUAGCUGGAACGUUUGGUUACAUUCCGCCGGAGUACGGGCAGAGCGGGAGAUCGACGGCGAAAGGAGACGUUUAUAGCUUCGGAGUGAUUCUGCUGGAACUGGUAACUGGGAAGGAACCAACAGGACCUGAGUUUAAGGAGAUUGAAGGUGGGAAUCUGGUUGGUUGGGUGUUUCAGAAGAUCAAGAAGGGUGAGGGGGCGGAGGUUCUGGACGUGACGGUUUUGAAUGCUGAUUCAAAGCAUAUGAUGCUUCAAACUCUAAAGAUUGCUUGUGUUUGUCUGUCUGAAAAUCCUGCUAACAGACCUUCCAUGCUUCAGGUAUUCAAGUUUCUUAAAGGGAUCAAAUUACAGUAAGAAAGAUUUAGAGCUUGAAUAUAACACUGUAAACAAGUAUAUUAGUAGAGGAUAUGCUCGAAUUUGUUCAGAGUUGUA